UAUGGCCCGAGUCGACGGCACUUGCAGUCUACACUCCUCGCCGUCUAGACGUCCGGCGCUCGCUUGCUCAGCCAACGAACCCGUAAGUCGACGCCGGAGCUCAAACAUGGACAAGUUGAAGACCGGAUGGUUCAGCGAACUCACGGACCUGUUGCCGGGCAGGAGUUUUUCCAUGGAAGUGGAACAGGUCUUGCACCAGGAGCAGUCCAAGUACCAGGAGAUAUUAGUAUUGAAAACGAAAUCUCACGGCGUCGUACUGGUACUUGAUGGCAUGAUUCAGUGCACAGAGUUCGAUGAGUAUUCUUAUCAAGAAAUGAUUUCAUUUUUGCCAUUAUUCAGUCACCCAAAACCACAAAGGGUUCUCAUCGUGGGCGGUGGCGAUGGAGGGGUCGCCAGGGAAGUAGCCAAACACCCAUUGGUCGAAACCAUUGACCAAGUUGAAAUCGACGACCGCGUUAUCGAACUGUCCAAGAAAUAUUUACCGUUCAUGGCCGAAGGAUUCAACAGCCCCAAAGUCAACCUGCACGUAGCUGAUGGUUUCAAAUUCAUGGAAGAACACUUUCAAUACUACGACGUCAUUAUAACUGACUCUUCUGAUCCUAUUGGUCCAGCUGUUUCGCUAUUCCAAAAGUCUUACUUUGAAUUAAUGAAACGUGCACUGCGGCCCGGUGGCAUCGUGUGUUCACAAGCCGAUACAUUCUGGGGACAUUUGGAAAACGCAGCGUCGAUGCGCAACCAUUGCAAAGCAGUGUUCGCCAAGGCAGCGUACGCGACGUCUUACGUGUCCACUUACCCGGCGGGUCAGAUCGGUUUCGCACUCGGCAGUCUUGACGAGAAUACAGACUUCAAAAAUCCCGUGUACCAGUUGACUGACAAACAACGAAAAGACAUGAAGCUACGUUAUUACACUACCGACAUUCACAAAGCGGCGUUUGCACUGCCCGCGUUUGUCGUCGAUGCUCUCGAUGAAGCCGACAAGAAUUUGUAAUCAUUUAUACGAGCGAACCUAUGUAUAAUAUAAAAAUAAAUGGUGUAUCACGCGAGGCUCAUAUUCAUUGUCGCAUCAUGUUACAAUUGGUAAAAUAUUAUUGUCACAUGCUUAUACGAUUUAAAUAAAACAUCUAUUUAUUUGCA